AUGGGUAGGACGGAAUCUCGACGUGGUAGAAGGCGUGAAGUGACUUUAUCGUACGAGAAGACUUAUCCAUGGGAGGACGAACGUGGAUCUGCGGUAGAACGCACCGUGGAAGUCAACGCAGAAGCCAAACGCGUGUAUACGAUGCAAGAGCAAUUGCUACCGACACGUCCGCUUGAUCGACCGUUGGAUCCCGCAGCGAGUGAGCAUCUUCAAGAUGUGGGGCGUCGAGUGUUGAUCCUUCGAGAUACUACGAAGAGAGCACAGAUGAAUGGGAUGCUGAGUCCAAAGAAGUCUCCGAAGCGUGUGAUUCCGAGUCGAUAUCCUGAAGUUGCACCGGACUUGGAAGAAGAUAAAGGAGAACCGGAUCGAGUAGAGGAAGAGGUAGACCCAGUCAUUACAGAAGGACGAAUCACAACGAUGUUGAUGGAUCAGGAAUGGGAUACGCGAGGGUGGAAUGCAACAAAGAUCCAGGCAGCAGUGGAGGCUUUGUACGAAGAAAUUGAACACUCCGACGAUGAUUCACGACGCGAACUUGCAACUUCGAUGCUGCUACGUCUGAUGGAAAAACACGAAGACGCGGUAGACUACGUCGAGACCUCUUUACCAAGUCUGACUAAUAAAGCCUUCCGGACACUGUCGAAAUUCACUGAUAACAUCAAGAUCUUCCGUAUGGCUCGACUUGUUGCCGUGCUAGCGGAAUGGUUUGCCCACGUUUUGUCAAACGAAAACGCAGUGAACAAGAGUGUCGGAUGUUUAUUGCGUGAAACCGAGUUAUGUGCGCGUAUUCUUCAGCAUCAUUGGCGUGGAGUGCUCUUCGAACGCUCACUGAACAAGCGAGAUUGUGAUCCGAUAGUCCGAACUCGACUGCGUUCCAUGUACAUGAUCAAAUUCGUAGAGUUACGUCAUCAAUUUAAAGUAUUGCGAGAAGCUAUUGGGCCUGGAGGAAUACCUGACAGCGUCACACAGACAUACAUCACCAUUUUGUAUUAUUUGGUGAAGCUCCAACGCGGCCCUGACACGAUAUCAGAUAAAACUCGCAACACGGUGCUUUUGGAUCAGCGAAGGACACUUGGGUCAGGCUUGUUGGUGUGUUUGGCGUCUCAAAUCACUAGACGCCAGAGCCGCGAAGUGAUUGAGUUGGUGAAAGGAAUUGUAUCAAAUAUCAUUGAAGGCCAUGGAGACGAGUACAUUGUGGAAAUACUUCAGUGCAACAUCGUCCAGAGAGUGCAACUGGACUUGGUACACACCAUGGAAACGUUUGAUGGCAACAGCGUUGCUGCUUCUACGGCACUGACAACUUCGCUCAGUUUGAUAUACGCUAUUGCCACUAAAGUUCUUCACACGACAGAGCGAUGGGGGCAGCCAAUUGUUGCUGCAGGUACGUCUUCCAGUCCGUCUCGAAAAGGAACGCCUUCACCCGUGAAUAAUCCACGCAACGUUGGAACUCCUGACGAGCGGAACUUCAUGAUGCGAAAGCUGAAGACGUCAGUUCGUCAAUUUCUACUGACUGCGGAUCUUUUCGAUACGCUGUUCGAGGUUCUGAGUUACUGUCAAGAAACAAACGACAGGUUACGAGCCCAAGUGCUGGAAAUACUGUGUCUGCUUGCUCGGUCGCUGGGUUUCUCUCAACUUCUUGAUUCGAUGACUCGGUGUGGAGGACGAUGGCUUGAACUAGUGUUGCUGUGUAUGAAAGAUACCAACCUGGUUGUUGUGCAAGCUGCAGUGACUUUAUUCUACGACAUGACCAGCCGUACUGAUGCCCGACACGGACUCACAACAGCAGGUGCUGUACAGUGUUUCAUGCGUUGGUGUCGACCCAAUUUUGAAGCUUGUGAAUCGCGGAUGGCGUUCCUCAUGGGACUUAUUGGAUGCUCCUUACUGGCUAGACAAACGGAGCGAGUCAAGCCUGCUACGGCACUGCUAUCAUCGCUAACGACCUUCGAGAAGCGACUGGAUGCGUUGUACACUCUUCUACUGAACCUGGCAAUGCAAGAUGAUACUCUACCACGUGCCUCAGAGAAGACUGCCGCUUUCUUCUUCUCCGUUGAUGCAUUGCCGACGCUUGUGACGUUUUUAACGCAAGUGUCGCCGAGUUGUAUGGAGUCACCAGUCCAGAAUGCUCGACAGCGCAACGUUAGCUGCAUUUUACUCGGUCGCAUGUGUAAAAUUGCGCAUUUAACGCGAGCGUGUUUCUCCGAAGGUGUCGUCAAUCACCUCGCACUAUCGAUUCAAUGCAAUCGACUGGAUGAAAUCGAGAAUUUGGUGGCUCGUAGUUCGUCUGAAGAUCGAUCCAUCCAUGAGCUUGGCUCGAAAGAGGCUUGCAAGGCGCUUAGCCGACUAGCGCGAUGUCCGAGUAACCUGGUGGAUGCGCGACUUCGACCAUCUAUCACUUCCGCACAGGUUCCUGAAUGGCCCCAAGCCUUAAUUUGCGAUGUCAUGUUUAGGAUGCACGUGUUGGAAGACUUGAUUGCACUUAUCCGAAUACCAAGUGAUGCGGCUGAGUUUCCCGAGGUAGAAUUGGAUAAAGUUGUAGCUGCAGUCGAACUCGCAGGGUAUCUUCGACCGCUGCCUUAUGGCGUAAGUGCUCGAGACAAGUUCCUGAAGUCUCACGCCCACCAUCCACACGGGAGAUAUGCCCAAGAAAAGCUGUCGAAGCUUGUUGAGCUGGUCGCACCUGCUAUCUUACACAUUCUCCGCGAGAAAAGUGCUGGGUUUGAACUUGUUAGUGCGUGCUGCGUAGCUCUCAGUCGACUGGCAUGUACGAAUGCUGCGUGCACUAUGCUGCUGGCUCAAGGUUGCUUGCAAACGGCAAUGAUUCAUUUACCUGAUAUCCUCAUCUCCACUGGAACAACAGCAUCUCCGAAGCGACAAACUGUCGUGGUUGAUUCAUCAGUUGAUUAUCAUGCGCUUCUAGAUGUACCUGCCCCUCUUUAUACGCUGUUCGGUAAGCUGUGUGCAGUUGCAGAUGGACGAACUGGGGUAAUGCGUGCUCAGGUGCUUCAUCGUCUUCUCAAGCGAAUGCAAAUGCAGCAUCCGACCUCGCAGACGCUUAAUGACGAAUGCAAAAGUGAGAUUGCGGUCGUUAUUUCACGGUUAGCGAUGGUAAACACUGUGGAAGGCAGCUCUGGCGAACUCUUUCUACACUUCCGAGUAUUGGAGUUGCUAUCGAAAGUGUUGCAGCAACAUCAAAUGAACAAGUGGAGACUUUUAGUGCAUUCCGUUGGUGCAAUUGCAGCGCUCAGUCAAGAUGUGCUCGUGUGCGUUCCUCGAGUUGUUGCGCUUGGUAUCGUUGAGUUAUUGUUCCCGUUUCUAACACGACUUCGAGUGGAAGGAGGUUCCAAUCCCCUACUUGAGUCGCUCCAGUAUGAUGCAGUCACUAUUAUUCGAUCUAUCGCGUCGUAUCCUUUUGGCGAGUACCAUGCGUAUCUAACGAACGUAAAAGUAAAGCAGAUUGCCUUCGAUUUCGCGAUGGAGCUAAAGAAUAAGCCGAUGGCUUUGAGAGACAAGAAAUCCGUUGGAGAACUCGCUCGGGAGACUAUGGCGUUCAUCAAUGAGCAUCAACAACAACUAGAGCGACAACAAGAACAACGUCGCAAGUCUAAUGUGAACAAAACAACGAUAGAGACUCCGCUUAACGCCACUCGAUCCGUUCUUUUACUCGACGGGGGAUCUAAAUCACCAGCAACAUUGAACGGAGUGAACAUCGCAUCAACAAGACCUGCAGUGAACAACAAACCGUGUCCUGUGUCCGAAUCGCACCACCAUUAUGUCUUCACUAGACCCAAGUCGAAGACCAAGCGACGUGACAAAAACCCAGCGUACUGUUUAAUAUUGGAUCCGCUUUUCGACUCUGGUAGCUCCCCUUCAAUCCCAAGACUACCUAGCGGCAACAUGAAGACGCCAGAUGACUUGCAACAUCCCAACGAAGAGACGUACAGCUUCUCACAAGAAGUUGAUCGUUGUGGUCAUUACGCGAAUAUCCAAGCGCUGCGCCACAAGAAAGGGGAUCGAUACUUCCCGUCAUUGGGACGUAUCGUUACCUCCACUCCUGUAUCUCCCGAUCUCUACAAGCGUCCAGCAACUCUGUCACCACACUAA